UAACUGACACUCAAAAAGUUGACCCUUUUGAUUCUAUGUUGUGAUAAGAAUAACAUGUUCCAUUUCCAUGUGAAAAGUUACAACCUUUACAACAUUUAGCAAACUUUGAGAGAAAGAGAGACUCUUUUAUCAAUACCCUUCUUCUGAAUUUCAUCUGAUUUCAAUCAUUGCAGCAGAGAACAUCCCUCAAGAUUCUGCAUCUUGUUUUGGCAUUGAAUGUGAUUGAGAGGACUCAAUACUUGAAGCUGAUACUAUGGCUGGGAAGCAAAAUGAGUUAGAGAUUAAGUUCCGAUUGAGCGAUGGAUCGGAUAUUGGCCCGAAAAGCUAUUCUGCUGCUACUAGUAUUGCAACGCUCAAAGAAAGCAUUCUUACUCAAUGGCCAAAAGACAAAGAGUAUGGACCAAGAACUGUUAAAGAUGUGAAGUUGAUUUGUGCUGGAAAAAUAUUGGAGAACAAUAAAACAGUAGAGGAAUGUCAAAGUCCAUUGUGCAAUCUUCCUGGUGGAGUUACAACAAUGCUUGUGGUGGUUCAACCACCGAAUUCGGAAAAAGAUAAGAAAAAAGGAGCAAGUGAAGCAAAGCAAAGCAAAUGUGUUUGUGUUAUAUUAUAAGAAUGAUGAAUAAAAGCUGUCAUCUUUUUUCUUGGUUAAAAGUAACAUUAAUAUUCAUUUUUAUAAUAAAGUAUGGCUUUCAAAUGUUUCAAGAUACAUAAGUUCUUUGGUUGUAAGCCUUACUAUUACUAUAGGUAAAAAGUUUUUGAGCUUGUGAAGAUUGUCAACUCAAGUCAGUUUCUUGUUGAUUUUCAGUUUACAGUUAUUGGUGCAUUGUGUUUUAAAUUGCUUAAAUGUUUUUAUGAUGUAUUCUUGUACACCAAUUGAGGUGUUAAUGGCUUGAUUGGUUUAUAAAAUGGUAGUAAUGGUAGAGUAACAUUAGAUAGAAUAAUAAGUAUUAAUAUAAUAUUAUUAAUAUAAUAUUCCUAUUAGGAAUGACAAUUGUGGGGUGGAGAUAAGACAGACCGAGAUAAGGCUAGAUUUUAUAAGGUCUAAUCUAUCUUACGAUAAAUUUUUAAGGUUUUAGUAUGAUAUAUGAUCUAUUAUAAUUUUUUUUGUUUGACCUGACAUUUUUAAAAGUCUGAUUUUAUCUAAAAGCCUAUUUAAAAAUCUAUUUUACGUUAAGAUUUUCAAAUAGUUU